AUGGAUCAAGAUUAUAGAAAUUUACAACAACACCUAAAGAUUGAACUUAAUAAAAUGCGAACAGCUUGGCGCAAUUUAAAAGAGAUGUACACAAAUGAAAUUCAUCGGGUUCGAAAUCUAGUACUUGGUAUCCGUCGCGGUGAAAUCGAUCAAACUAAGAUUCCUAACGAAUUAAGCAACGAUCAAGUAGAAACAAUGACAAAGAAAAUAAACGAAUUCACUAAUUAUCUGAAUACAAUGGAUAAAAAAGAACAGUUGAUCAAAGACUUGACAGAAAAACAGUUUAUCUAUCAAAAUGCAAUCGAUCGAGACAUACAAUAUGACGAUGAUCGACAAACACUCGAACGGAAGCUUUUGGCUGAUGCAAAGCAUACAAGUAUCAUCUGUUCAAAUGAUCAUUUAUACAAAACCAAUCGAUCACAAUGGUAUACACUCUGUGGUCAGUUGUUAAAAGAGCAUGAAGAAAAUCCUGAGUUACAAUUGAUCUAUGUUGACUUCUCUUAUUGUUUAUGCAAACUGCAUGAUAUCAUCAUUUUACCUGCGACUGAAAAGAAGAAUAAUGCAACUCUUACGCCACCAGUGACAACACCACCACAAGAACGACCGACAAGUGAUAAAAGUCUCAAUAUUUUACUUCUUGGAGAAUCAGGUGUUGGUAAAUCGACUUUCAUCAAUGCUUUUGUUAACUAUCUGAAAUUUGACAAACUCAAACAAGCUGAGAAGAAUCCAGUUGUACUCAUACCUGUUUCAUUUGCUAUUACAAUUGAUGAUAAUUUUACAGAACAGGUAGUCAAAUUCGAGGGAAAUGAUACUUUAAGUAAUGAAGAUCAUGAUAAUCUUGGUCACUCAGUUACUCAACAUUGUAAAUCAUAUGUGUUUACUCUCAAAGAUGGCAACCAUCAUGGUCGAAAACUGCGCAUUAUUGACACUCCUGGAAUAGGAGAUACACAUGGCUCCGGUCAAGACGAUGUACAACAGCCAUUUGCUUAA